AUGAGAGUAUUGGAACUUAUAGGAUCAAUAUAUAUUUGGUUGAUAGCUUUAUUUAUUGGUAGAAGAGAUCAAAUACAAAAUCAUAUAGAAAAUAAUAACAAUCAACAAAAUAACAACAAUCAAAACAACCAACAACAACAACAACAACAACAAAUAACUAUAAAUGUAGAUCAAUCAACUUCAACAUUGAAUAAUAAUAAUAAUAAUAAUAAUACUUCUUCUUCUAGUUCAAAUCAAAUAGUAAAUGCAUACAAGAAUAUAGAUAAAAAGGAACCAAUUAGUUAUAAAGUAUAUAAAAAGAAAGCAUUAGAUUAUUUGAAAAAGAAUGAAACGAUAGAUACAGACUCUGUCAUUGCAAAUAUUGUUCAACAAUGUCAAGUCUCCCCUUCAUCUAAUUCAUCCUCUACUUCUUCAUCUGAUGAAUCAACGAUUAAUUUAUUUUCAAAUAUACUUGGACAAUCAAUAGAGAAUGAAAGAUUUAAAUACUUGAUUGUCAAUGCUGUAUUUGAUUAUAUGAAAAAGACACAGACUCAAACUGGUGAACAAUGGCUGUCAUUCCUAUCGAUCAUCUUUUCAACUAGUAUUCAGACGGACCGUGAACGCCAAGACAUCUCUGACAUUCUACUGUAUCUGCCACCGGCCGUUCUUGGUGAUAUCCAAGAUCGUAGUAAAUCAAGAGUAUUGGUAGACAUUUUUGCAGACAUGUCUGAUGCACUUUCGAUCGAUCGUCGUAAACUAGGAGAGAUUAGUGGAUUCGUCGAAGAGGUUUCCACCAUUUUAAUCACCCUCCUCACAAGUGUCAAGGAUGACGAUAGUGGAACCACCCAAUUCCAAUUACUAGCCCUUUUACUUUUAAAUUUAAAUAAUACCUAUAGAUCAAAAUUACUCUUAUCAAAUCUUGUAAUGUCUAGAAUCCUUCCACUUCAAAUCAAUUCAAGACAAUUAUUUUUAAAUAAUUUAUUUUCUUUUAAAGGUAAAUUUCAAACUCAAAUCAAUAAUCAAAAUAAUCAAAAUAAUGAAGAUCAAUUAAGUACUAGUACAACAACAACGACCACAUCAACAUCAACAUCCACAUCAACAACAACAACAACAACAAAUAAUAUGGUUUAA